UUGGAGUGACUCAUCUUCAUCAAUAGACGAUCUUUGCUCAGCCUCAUCGCGAGCUCCUCCGCGCAGCCUCCCUGCAUCCUCCCGCGAGCAUCACUGCGCACCGAGCGGAGCAGCGACAGAGACACCGACCCACCGAGCGGACACGGCUCCGUCAGCGGACAUAUGCAGGUUCUACCUCCCGGACCAGCGGCUGGUUCUCGGUGAUUUUCCCUUUGUGUCGUCGGUUCUCUAUGGAUGUGAAGUAACAGACAGCAGCAGUCAGUCGGUGUCCUCUCCAUCUCCUCGCUCUUCUCCCGCAUCCCCGCUGCCCACAUCCACAAAAUGGCGGACAUGAUCGAGCUGGGACCCGCCUACGCCAUGUCUCCGGUGUUGGCGGGCUUCCUGGGAGCCGGUGUUCUGGUCCUGGUUGUGGUGGUUCUGGUUCUGCUCUGGUCGUUCUGUCAGCGGCGUUACCUGCGCGUCACCGGACGCUACAAGCUGCACGGUGACCGUUACUGCGACGCAGAGGACCCGCCCUACAAGUUCAUCCACAUGCUGAAGGGCAUCAGCAUUUACCCAGAAUCCCUCAGCGGCAGCAAGAGGAUCGUGCGCGGCAUCAGGCGGGCCGACCGCUCUGACCGUGACGGGGAGAGAGGCUGCACUGGCGCCGCCCCUGCCGCAGGGCGGGGAAUGGUGCUGGUGGACGCAGAGAACAACAUCCUGGACGUGCCAGGGCAGCUGCAGAUGAGCCACCUGGUCCCCCCCGCGGGGCCAGGCCCCGCCCACGACCAGGGCCGGCUGGAGCGGGCGCUGCCGGUCCGCGCCGAUUACUGCUGCCUGGACAGCAGCUCGGCCAGCAGCAGCCAGACCAGCAGCAAGACGGCGUCCCCCUUCACCCCGGCCUCCUCUGAGCCGGAGCCAGAACCCAGCCUGGGCUCCAUCAGCCUCACCGUCGACUACAACUUCCCCAAGAAGGCCCUGGUGGUGACCAUUGUCGGGGCCCGGGGCCUCCCCGCCAUGGAUGAGCAGGCGGGCAGCUCGGACCCCUACGUGAAGAUGACCAUCCUGCCGGAGAAGAAACACCGCGUCAAGACCCGCGUACUGAGGAAGACCCUGGACCCGCUGUUCGACGAGACCUUCACCUUCUAUGGCGUUGCCUACAGCUCACUGCCCGAGCUCACCCUGCACUUCCUGGUCCUCAGCUUCGACCGGUUCGCCCGCGACGACGUCAUCGGGGAGGCCGUGGUGCCACUGAAGGGCGUGGACCCGAGCACAGGCCGAGUCCACCUGAGCCAGCAGAUCACCAAGAGGAACAUGCAGUGUGAGAGUCGUGGCGAGCUGCUGGCGUCUCUGUCCUACCAGCCCGUGUCUCAUCGUCUCAGCGUGGUCGUCCUGAAGGCUCGACACCUCCCCAAGAUGGACAUCACAGGCCUGUCAGCCAACCCCUACGUGAAGGUGAACGUCUUCUACGGCCGCAAGCGCAUCGCCAAGAAGAAGACCCACGUGAAGAAGUGCACGCUGAACCCGGUCUUCAACGAGUCCUUCAUCUACGACAUCCCGCCUGAGCUGCUGCCCGAGAUCUCCGUCGAGUUCCUGGUGGUCGACUUCGACCGGACCACCAAGAACGAGGUCCUGGGCCGUCUGCUGCUUGGCCUCCACAGCCCCGCCCCCUCCGGAGUGUCCCACUGGAGGGAGGUGUGUGAAAACCCCCGCCGGCAGAUCUCCAAAUGGCACAACCUGAGCGAGUACUGAGGAGGAGGAGGAGGAGGACCGGCAGGGACCAGCUGACAUCACUGACCCACCGGCUGGGACUCCACCAGUGAACACCACUGGAAAUACAGACUCAGUGUACAGCACACACACACACACACACACACACACACACACAACACACACACACACACACACACACACACACACACACACACACACACACACACACACACACACACACACACACACACACACACACACACACACACACACACAAAAACACACACACACACACACACACACACACACACACACACACAAUGUUGUGAUCAUAGUUAAACUCUCUCUCUCUCUCUGUCUCUAUUAUCUCUCUCGACCACCUCCACAUUCGCUAAGAUGAAUCCUGCAGUUGUUUAUUACCAACAAACAAAAAGAAAACGAGCUGUUUUUAAAAUAGAAACCAUGAAAUCCAUUUCUAAGACUCUUCAUGUCUCCUGGCUGUCGGUGUGUGUGUAGACGGGGGAAGGAAUGCUCGAAUAUGAUUUAAAAAAAGAAGAAGCCCCCUCUUGCUGUUGUUGUCAUGCAGUUCAUCGCAUGUCUGUCCGAAAAGAAAAACACAAAACUCCAGAUGAAGAGCUGAGAGCUGCUGACUGAUCCACAGGAGAACAGCUCUGCAUUUAACUCCACGCUCAGUGUAUCCAAGUAGAACUACUCCUCAUUAGGACCAGAUAAGAACCUGCUACAGACCCCGCCCCCCUCCACAGCCUGAGACCUCCACCUGUUCAGGUGUUUCAGGAAGAUUCGCCAUUGUUCUCAUCCAUCGCUCUCUCCCUCCUGGAGGAGCUGGACUUUAAUGUUUCCAUGAUCGUCAUGAUGUGGAUUUAAAGGUGUGGGGACUGAGGAGGACUGUAGAGGAUCCGGCUCCGCUCAGGACGACGAGCAGACGCCCUGUAAAUUACCUGUAACAUGGAUGAUAUUUAAUUUCCCACAAUCCUCAGGUUUGUCCUGAGGAGGCAGAGAGCAGCUGUGACACUGAUGUUUGAUUGAGGCGUCGUCGUCUCGUCAGGAACACAAACACUGACUGAUGGGAUUCAAACUACCGACUUCUUCAGGCUUCAUCAUCAAACGUUAGAAACGUCUCCGCUCCGUCAGAAACAAAACCAAAAACAAAACCUCUGAAAUUAGCUUUGAUUAGCUAACGUUAGCUCAGCUACACCUGCAGCCUCAGGUGUAACGCUGUGUUCAUAACACAUCAGAAAGUUGGAAAUUAUAAAUUCUGAUUCUGAAAAAAAUUAUCUGAACGCAUGAAAAACUUUUUACAGUAAAAAAUUCAGGACGUUAAAACAACUAUAAACAUGGCGUCCUCCGUCGUGAGUGGGAGGUUUUAUCAUUAAAACAUCAGAAACGUUUCAGACUUUUAAUGUCUGAACGUUAUGUUGAGCUCCAACAUUUUUUACAUUUUAAAAUUCUGAUUUACUUUCAGUCGCAUUUUAAAUUGUGAUCAUUAAAAAGCUCCUGAUGUCAGGUGUAACCAGAUCCUCCAGCUCGUUAAUGAAAUAAAGCUCCGUCAGAUAAACAGAAGUCUGUUCUGGGUUCAGAUGAAAUUCUUCAGAAACCACAGCUUCUCUCUGUUUCUCUUCUUCUUCUCUCAUUUUGUACAUUUUCAUUCUCGACCAAAUUUCUACUCUGAUUUGCACUGGUUUGUAAAGGAUUUCUGAUUUUCUCCUCCACCAGCUGGUGGCGCUGUCGCAGCUGUUUUUGGUUUCACCUGAGUGUGAAGUGACGCUGGGACUUUAAACCGAUCAGAGGCUCCUCCGGCUUCUUUUAGUCCCAGAUUAACUUUAAUCCCGCGGCUCAGAUUAACGUGUCAGAUUAAUAACCUGUGUUAGACUAAACUUCACUGUAACGCGGCGACGAGCGAGCGAGCGACUGUAGAUUUGUACAGAUGUGAAGAUGUUUGCUGGUUUCCUUCCUGUCUGAUGUCCUGUGAGCGCCCCCUGCUGUAGACCUGGAUGCUAACCUCUGUGUUGGGUUUGUUAACACUCAUUGGACGUGCAAAUAAAAAACAAGUUAGCCAUGA